AUGCGGCGCCACAAAGGACUUGUAAGUGGAUUUGCUAAAAGUACAGUGGCGGCGUGUCCGGAGCGCGUGCUCUUCCUGAGGUACGAGGAGCUGCUGCGGGACCCCGCGGAGAAUGUGAGGAGGCUGGCGCGGUUCGUCGGCGCGCCGUUCUCAGAGGCGGAGGAGGAGGCCGGCGUCGUCCGCGGCAUCGUCGAGCUCUGCAGCCUCGGGAGCCUGAGGAACAUGGAGGUGAACAGGACGGGGCUCAUGGACGGCCUCGGGUUCCCGCGCAAGGCGCUGUUCAGGAAGGGGGUGGCCGGCGACUGGGCGAACCACAUGACGCCGGAGAUGGCGCGCCGCAUGGACGAGGUCGUCGCCGACAAGUUCCGCGGCACCGGGCUUACUUUCCAGUGA